AUGCGAGGCUGGAGCUGGGCGCUUGAAGCGCUUGAGGGCGGCUUCUUGUUUUGGAGUAACCUUGAUCCGACGUCACGUCAACUCCAACGUCCGCUUUCCUCUCAACUUUCUUCUUCUACACCUCACUUCGCCCCCUUCCAGCAACGCAUUCCAGAGCCAGUUGCCCAAACAUCCACGCACAAAUCAUACCUGACGAUGAAGCGGGACUGGCACAGCUACCUCGACUGGGACGACCCUGUCCGUAACGCAGCAACCGAACGAGAAAAACGGAUGAUCGAGGCCGACAUUGCACGUCAUCGGCGGGAGUUUGAGGCCGCUCUCCGCGAGCAGAAAAUCAAAAAGGAGUAUGAAGAAGGCGAGAUAUACUCUCACAUACCACCGAGCAAUGCCGAGCAACUCCCAACACAGUUUGGAAGGACCCUUCAUAACUACAACGGAGUACGGAGUAUCUCGAUACCAGCAUUCGCAGGCAUUGCUCACUUGUCGAAUCCGAUCGCUCCAUCCUUCAUGUCUGCCCUCCGUCGGCCGCUAGAUACUACCAUUUCUAUGGCGCGAGGGGUGGCUAGGCGAGUCCUACCGUUUAGAUCGAAGGCGAAGGCGGAUCCAGGUCGGCGGAAGCGACCUCAACUCGACACCGACGUGUUUCGGAACCGCAACUCUAGCUUUGAGGGUGAAGCCCCACCAACGGCCUCCAAUUCUAGCAGGAAGCGACGAAGAAUCGACGGCGGCGUGAGUCCCGACACUGGCUUCGGUGCUCGUAACACCAUCUUUGGGUUAGCCAUGCCAACGUGGCAGCCGUACCCCAACGCCAUCGCUCCAGGGUCGACUCACCUUAAUCCGAUCGUCAUUCAAGAGACCAUCAUCGAAGAGUUGGAGCCGGAGCCCGGCCUCCCACUCCGCCCGAAGACGGAAGAGCCUUUUCAUCCCAUUAUCGAAAUCAUCGAGGACUAG